AUGACGGACGACGACGCGUCGUCGUCGCGCUCGGAGACGUUCGAGGAUGAGCUCCUGGAUGAGCGGUGUCGAGAUUUGAUCGAUCCGGAAACGACGCACGCGUCGGCGACGGUGGCGCUGCGAACGGCGGCGAUGGCGCACGGUUUGGACGCCCGGGACGUGGCGGGCGGACGACGGGCGCGGGAGUGCUUCUACGACGUGUUCAAGUGGUUGAAUUACGUGCGAAGGACGGCGGACGCGAUGCGAGGGAACGGCGCGGUGGAUUCGUCGGAGAUUGUGAGGGUUUUAGUGGAGGGCACGCGGGCGAGGGCGUACGCGGAUGACGCGUUUUUGACGCCGACGGACGCGGAGGACGCUUUGUUGUUCGGAUUCGAGGCGUACGUCGACGGCGCGGACGACGACGACGACGCGAGCGAGGAGAAUAGUCUUCUUGAUGGUGACGGAGAUGGUGACGAUGCGCUCGUUGACGUCGCGAGACGUCUGCGUGAGGAGAACGAGGAGCUUCGCGUGCGGUUGUUUGAGGCGAUGUCGAACGCGGGAAUGGUAGACGACGCGAGCGUGGCGGAGGUUUUCCAGCCCGUCGUCGCCGAGGGCACAGAGGGCAGCGCUCGAAAUACAGUGAGCGAGAGCGUGACGGAAUCGGUGACCGCGAGCGUGAAGGCGAUGUCGCUCGCGAGCGGCGCUCGACGCGAAAAAGAGAGCGCCGACGAGAGACGCAAGCGAGAGGUGGACGAGGGAUACUUUGACUCAUACUCGUACUUUGAUAUUCAUCGCGAUAUGAUCGGUGACGUCGCGCGCACGGACGCGUAUCGAGACGCUUUGGAGAAGAACCCGUCCCUGAUCGAGGGUAAGAAGGUUCUAGACGUCGGAUGUGGCACCGGCAUCCUCAGUAUGUUCGCCGCGCGCGGCGGCGCGAGCGAAGUCGUCGGUGUGGACGGUGCGAAGCACAUCGCUGACGUUGCGAGAACGAACAUUCGACAAAACGGCUUCGACGAGACUGGAACGAACCAGAUCAAGAUCGUUCACGGAAAGUUGGAAGACAUCGAGGGCGAAAUUCCGGGCGCCCCGUUUGACGUUUUGGUCUCCGAGUGGAUGGGGUACGGGUUACUCUUCGAGUCCAUGCUUGACACGGUACUCGUGGCGAGGGAUCGCUUUUUGAAGCCCGGUGGCGCGGUGCUACCGGAUAUCGCCACGAUUCACAUCGCUGGAUUCGAUCGGUCGGCGACGGACUUCCCGUUUUGGGACGAACCGUACGGAUUCAAGAUGGCGGAAAUCUCCAAGCAGCUCCUCCACGGCGCGUUGAAGACGGCGGUCGUGAGACAUGUCGACGGAACACACAUUACAACAUCCAGUGCGCGGGUGUGCGAGCUCGAUCUCGCAUCGUGCUCCAUCGCAGAUACCGAGUUCACGGCGGAAUUCUCACUCGAGGCAAAGGAUGGACGAACGGGUGAAGAAACGCAUGGCAUCGUGCUGUGGUUCGAUACAGAGUUCUCAAAGAGGUUUUGCGCCGACCACCCUGUGAUGUUGUCCACGAAUCCCGAUAACCUUAGAACACACUGGGUUCAGACGAUGCUGCACUUUCACGAGGCCGUCGCACUGGAUUGCGGGUGCGAAAUCACGGGACGGAUUUCCAUGGUGAAGUCGGCGAAACGACCGCGAGCGUACGAUAUUUCACUCGAAUACCGCGUCAAAUCGGGUGAUGGCGUCGUGGGACCGCAGCGAGUUUCGCUCUACGCGUUGUAA